AUGAGAGCAGUGUCCCUUUGGCGGAAGCAAUUCUCCACUUCCACCUCGAAGCUCCAAAUCUUCGAUCGCCAACGGAAGCGCGCACAACGCGACCGAGCCGCAUGGUGCACGCCCGCACACGACCCUCUCCUUCACUCCGUCGCUCAAAACCUCUUGGAUCGCUUGCAGGACUGUAAGAAGACCUUUCCUACCGCCUUAUGUUUGGGAGGCUCCUUGCAACUCAUCACUCGCUCUCUCUCCUCUCCUCCUGCUAACGGUGGCGUGGAAAAGCUUUUUGUCAUGGAUGCCUCCUUUGAUAUGGUUCAAGCUUGUAAAAAUGCUUACCGUCCUUCACCCGGCAAUGCCGUCCAGACCCAAUUUCUGGUUGCUGACGAAGAGUUCCUGCCUAUCAAAGAGAGCUCUGUGGAUUUGGUUGUCAGUUGCUUGGGACUACACUGGACUAAUGAUCUUCCUGGAGCAAUGAUACAGUCUAGAUUGGCAUUGAAGCCUGAUGGCUUAUUUUUAGCAGCUAUUCUUGGUGGAGAAACAUUAAAGGAGCUCAGAAUAGCUUGUACGUUAGCACAAAUGGAGCGUGAAGGAGGGAUUAGUCCCCGAGUAUCACCUUUGGCACAGGCAUUAAAGACGGAACUGAGAAGUACUUUUGCCCUCCAUUUUCAGGUUCGAGAUGCUGGGAAUCUUUUGACCAGGGCAGGUUUCACCCUUCCAGGUGUUGAUGUUGAUGAGUAUAUAGUUAAAUAUGAAAGUGCUGGUGAUAAAUUUUUGAAAGGACGAUUCUUGUCUAUCUCCUGUGCAGCUCUAGAGCUUAUAGAACAUCUCCGUGCAAUGGGUGAAACAAAUGCUCUUUUUGACAUGAACAAUAUCCUGAAGAGGGACACUGCUUUAGCAACUGCAGCUAUUUAUGAUUCAAUGUUUUCUUCAGAUGAUGGAACUGUUCCUGCAACCUUCCAGGUUAUAUACAUGACGGGUUGGAGGGAACAUUCAUCUCAGCAGAAAGCAAAAAGAAGGGGAUCAGCCACCAUAUCUUUCAAGGAUAUUCAGAAGCAAUUUGGAAGCCAGAGUUGA